CCUUGAGGUGACAAGCUCUUCCGAGUGACCAGAAUGUAAAUAGUGUUCAAGCGCUAGCUAACUGUAACUUACAUCACCUGCAGCUAACUUCAGUACAGGCGCCGCUGAGUCGCACAGUUAUGGCAUUGCGAUAGAUUCAUUGAGCGGAGAUGUCGCCUGUCAUCUGAUUCCUUAUUCGACAUCUGCGUUCUUGCCGUUUGAUUGCAUAUACGAUUCAUAAACUGUCAUCAUGACCAAGGACAUUGUUGUUGGAGAUGAAUUACCUGACUGGGUGGGGGCCAAGGAGUUUUAUCAGAAAUAUGACCCCAAGGAGGUGAUUGGCAGGGGUGUGAGCAGUGUGGUGCGCAGGUGUGUGCACAGACACACGGGUCAGGAGCUGGCAGUGAAGAUUAUUGAGAUCACAGCAGAGAAGAUGACAGCCCAGCAGCUGGAGGAGGUUAAAACCUCCACACUGAAGGAGAUCCAAGUCCUCAACAUGUCAAAGGGACACUCCUCCAUCAUUACUCUCAUUGACUCCUAUGAGUCCACAACCUUCAUAUUUUUGGUGUUCGACCUCAUGAGGCGAGGAGAGCUGUUUGACUACCUCACAGAAAAGGUUACUCUGAGUGAGAAGGAAACCAGGAGUAUGAUGCGAGCUCUGCUGGAAGCGGUGCAGUACCUCCACUCACUCAACAUUGUCCACCGGGAUCUGAAACCUGAGAACAUUCUCCUGGAUGAUCAGGGACACAUCAAACUAUCCGACUUUGGUUUCUCAGUGCAGCUACAUCCUGGAGAGAAACUUCGAGAACUUUGUGGGACGCCUGGUUAUUUGGCCCCGGAAAUACUUAAAUGUUCCAUGGAUGAGAUGCACCCAGGCUAUGGCCGGGAGGUCGACCUAUGGGCAUGUGGAGUGAUUCUUUUCACGUUACUGGCCGGCUCACCACCGUUCUGGCAUCGCAAACAGAUGCUGAUGCUGAGGAUGAUCAUGGAGGGUCGCUACCAGUUUAGCUCCCCAGAGUGGGAUGAUAGGUCUGACACUGUGAAAGAUCUGAUAUCCAGACUGCUGGUGGUGGAGCCAGCUGUACGUCUCACUUCUGAGCAAGCCUUGACACAUCCCUUCUUUAGACAGUACCAAAAGGAGGAUGUGCGACUCUUCAGCCCCAGAAAGACAUUUAGGGUGUUGAUAGUCAGCGUGCUGGCUUGUAUCAGGAUGUACAGCCGUUACCGCAAAGCUCGCCCACUGACUCGGGAGGUGCUCGCCAGGGAUCCUUACUCCCUUCGCGGCGUCCGCAAACUCAUCGAUGGCUGCGCCUUCCGUAUCUACGGCCACUGGGUGAAGAAAGGGGAGCAGCAGAACAGAGCCGCCCUCUUUCAGAACACAGCGAAGGUCAUGCUGCUGGGCCUGGAGGACUUUGAAACAUAAACGGUCAACCUCAUUCCCAACCACCUUGAUUUUUAUUUAACCAUCUGUAUGGGUCUGUUUUUUUGUCUUUUACUUGGUGCACAUGCUGUGUUUAAUUUUAAGAUGAUGAAUUCAGGGACCGUAACGUUUGUAUGCCUCAAUGCACACUAUGGCUCUGCAAGUUCAAGAUAAGCAUGCACACCCUAAUACUCCUCAUCUGCCUUUUGAUCUGAGUGUGUGGCUGUCUGAAACUCUACUUCAGGUCAUUGUGUUUGCAAUCAUUUGAUAUAACCCAUCACAUAAUGUAUACUGUAGGUACAUUAUACAUGUAUAUGUAGAAUUGUACCUGUUGAUCGUCAGUUAUAUCUGAGGACAGGAUGAAUUUUUAAGCACUGUGUGGCUGAAGUGGACUUGAAAUCACUGUAAUUAUGUAAUAGAUAAUUAUAUAAACAGAUUUACAGAUAUCCCAGUAUUAUAAAUAAAUAACAGAGGACAUGUGUGAAACAUUCAACUACAGUACUGUAAGUGCUUUUGGUAAAAAAAAUCAUUUAACCGUCAUGCAUGCAGACAUUCCUAAAUAGGGAACCCACUUAAACUAACUGUGAAGACCAUUUUUGACUUUUUUCCGACUUAAGCACUAUUACCUACUCACUUCAUUCCCCAGUUAAAUGAGUGGCACUUAUCUUGAAAGUGCCUGCCUGAGAAAUGUACAGGUACUGUGCAAAUGCAAACAUAUGUUGUACUGUAUAUGAACUGGGUUUUAUUACCAAUAAAACUGAUUUCAGUUGGUAA